CCAUAGUAAGCACUUAACAAAUACCACCGUUUAUUUUACCGUGUACCUGCCCCCAGGGGCGGAGCACCUUACUGGGUGCUUGGAGCAUUUAAUUGGAAUAGAAGCCACCUUCCUCCCCUGCCCUGGAAGAGCUUACAAACCUCAGCCGUCGUUUCUUCCAGUGACGUAAGAGCACGCCCGUGCCCUCCGGCCCGGAGGGGUAGCGUGGAGUCACUCUUGUGGAUCACGGGCACUGAAAUGCCCACGGGGGAGUGGGGUGACCUCAGCCUUUUAUGGACACCUGCCCGCAUCGACAGCGUUUCCCCGCGUCCCUUCCCGCCGUGCUCUCCUCCCUCCCGCCCCGGCUCCAGAGCCGUCUCAUUCCCCUCCCGGGAACCCCGGGCGGCACGUCCGAACGGCGGAACUUGGCCGCGGGAGCCGAGGCGGUGGGAGGCCGGGUGAAAAGGCCGCCCGCAGAGGGGGCGUCCCGAGCCCCUCUGGUACCCGGCGGGACAGUCCAGCUGGAAACCAGAUUGAUGAUCACCCGAUGGGCCUGAAGAGAGCGUGGGGCUCCCUGCCGAAUCCCGUGAAGCUCCCUGGGCGUGAAACCCCUCCACCGGUUACCCUUCGGUCCUCUGGCACCUAACCGGUCGGCAUCUUGGGAGGUCUCGCAGAGCCUCGACUUAGCCUCCGCCUCCUGCCCGAAGGCCGGAUUUCGUCCGCGGGGAGCGAUGGAGCAGUACGCCGCCAACAGCAGCAACUCCACGGAGCAGAUCGUCGUGCAGGCCGGCCAGAUCCAGCAGCAGCAACAGGGUGGCGUGACUGCUGUCCAGUUGCAGACAGAGGCCCAGGUGGCAUCCGCCUCCGGCCAGCAAGUGCAGACCCUCCAGGUAGUCCAGGGCCAGCCUCUAAUGGUGCAAGUAAGUGGCGGCCAGCUGAUCACUUCGGCCGGGCAGCCCAUCAUGGUCCAGGCGGUCCCCGGGGGCCAGGGACAGACCAUCAUGCAAGUACCGGUGUCUGGGACUCAAGGACUCCAGCAGAUCCAGCUGGUGCAGCCAAGCCAGAUCCAGAUCCAGGGGAGCCCAGCGGUGCAAGUGCAGCAGGGACAACAGGGCCCCACGCAGCAGAUCAUCAUCCAGCAGCCCCAGACCGCCGUCACGGCCGGCCAGACCCAGACCCAGCAGCAGAUAGCGGUCCAGGGGCAGCAGGUGGCCCAGACCGCUGAAGGGCAGACCAUCGUCUAUCAGCCCGUCAACGCCGACGGCACCAUCCUGCAGCAAGUUACAGUCCCUGUUUCAGGCAUGAUCACCAUCCCAGCCGCGAGCUUGGCCGGAGCCCAGAUCGUCCAGGCAGGAGCCAACACCAACACCACCAGCAGCGGCCAAGGCACCGUCACCGUGACCCUCCCCGUGGCCGGGAACGUGGUCAAUUCCGGCGGCAUGGUCAUGAUGGUGCCAGGGGCCGGCUCGGUGCCCGCCAUCCAACGGAUCCCCCUGCCCGGAGCGGAGAUGCUGGAGGAGGAACCCCUCUACGUGAACGCCAAGCAGUACCACCGCAUCCUCAAGAGGAGGCAGGCUCGCGCCAAACUGGAGGCCGAGGGGAAGAUUCCCAAGGAGAGAAGGAAAUACCUGCAUGAGUCUCGACACCGCCACGCCAUGGCCCGCAAGCGAGGGGAAGGUGGAAGGUUCUUCUCCCCCAAGGAAAAGGACAGCCCCCACAUGCAGGACCCAAACCAAGCGAGUGAAGAAGCAAUGACCCAGAUGAUCAGAGUGUCCUAACACCAGGCCGGGGAAGUGGCUGAUCCAGCCCCACCCCUCUCCGGGAGCCCCCUCGUCCCCACGGAUCAAGCGAGACCUUCCUGUGGGACGCUCUCUCGCUCUCUCGCUCUUCCCCAUCCUGCCCCUUCCUACCGAACAGACAGCCACCCGGCUUAGAAAACGUGGCUUGGUGUAUUUUCUAGCUGCGGUCAGCAGCUGCCGGGCAUCUUCAGGCCCCGGCUCACCUCAUUAGGCUGCUUCGGAUUUGGACGUGUUGUGAAUUAACGAUGCAGAGGAAUUAACGGCCGGAAGGCUGAGCUCCAUGGUGUUGGAGCAGGCCCGGUGAGGGAGCGGGCGGGAUUGACCCUCCAGGGGAGAUACGGGGACUCAGCCCAUCGGGCCUGCACCUGGACCAUCCCGGCAGGCCCCAGGGCCUUGAGUUCCUGACCAAAUGGACCCGUGGGAAGGCAGCAGCUGUCAGACAGGAACGCCGUCCCAGGACCCAAGGACCGUCGUGUCCGUACCUGGUCCGCCCCAGCAGGCCCCGUGGCCUUGAAUUCCUGGCUGGACCGGCCAAACGGACCUGUGAGCAGGCCGCUGCCAGGCGGGAACGCCGACCCGGAACAGAAGGACCAUCGGAGUUGUCAACUUUCAAGUGAACAUAGCAGCGAGUUCUUCUCCCGGAUCUGGCUCAGCUGUCCAGCACCAGGAGGGGUGGUCGGGGCUGAGGCCCGGGCCCUGCUUCCCACACAACCGUGCGGGAAAUCUCCCAUCCUGGGAUCUGGGGUUGAGGACCGAACAGCAUAGAAUCAGACACGGCUCAGCUACCUCCUCGUGGCCCGGCCUCUGGGGGUCCCCGGCCCGGGACCCUCAUCCCGCCCGGAGUGAUGUCCCCUCCCCGGAGCAAAAGGGUACCCGGCAGAGUGAGCCUGGGUUCUACGUUGUGGACGGAAGGAGCCGUUGUCUCGGAACAAGGGCUUGACCUCUGCCACCCACCCCUUUGGCAGCGUUGGAGAACGGGGGGAGGAAGCAUAGAGGGCUUGUGGAAUGGGGCUUGAAGCAACUGCUCUGCAGAGCUCCUGCCCGGCCUGGGUCGAGCAGCUCUGGCAGUCUCGAUCUUCACCUUGUCCCCGGAGCCCCGGGCAUCCAGAGGACAGUAGCUAUUCUGGGCAGCACAUCUUGCCAACUUCCCGGGCUAGAAACGAAGCUAAAGGACACGUGUCCCCGCAACAGAGUUUUCAGAAAGCGAGGACGUGGCCCAGGGGGCUGGCUUUGCCCUGUCCUGUCGCCUGGGUGCACGAGCAUCUAGAUGCCCACUGCCUUCUCUCCCUCUGGCUCCACCACCAUGAGCCGUGCCUCCCUCCUAUUCUGCCAGGAGAGGAAAGGGAGUGGGAUCGUCCAUGGUCGCGGCCCCCUCUCCCUUCUCUCUGGCCUCUGGGUUGCCCUAAUGCGGAUGGCCCUGGCAGGGAAGCCAUCCAGUAUGGCAGGGAACUCUGGAGGCUGGGCUCAGGCCUGGGAGACCGGUGGUUUCUGGAGCAGUCAAGGUGUUGGGUCUGACCUCCACCAUCACCGAGGUACUGAACUGGGGUCCUGACCGGUGUGGGACAGGAGGGGCCGGCGGAUUCUGGAGGACGGGUCCAUCACUGUCGGAAACGGGGCUGGGAGCGGGGGGCCGGGCCCGCUUCCAGGAUGCUUGGAACGCCAGCUGGGGUCGGGACGAGGGAGCUUGUGGGGCGAGCACUGUGGCGGCGAGCCUGCGGGGGGUCUCUGGUGAGACUGGCGUUCAGGCAUUUUGCUCCUGUUUUUGACAGGAUAAAAAAAUUCCAAUUUAAAACAAAAUGGAAAAGUUUAGCGCCGGCGAAGCCUGCUCCUCCCUCGCUGUAAAAGCCAGAGAGGGCAGGGCGGUGGGUAGCUGGAAGCCUGGGCUGGGAGCGAAGAAGUGGGGCAGGCCCAGGGAGGAUCUGCAGGUGCCGGGGCAGGGGAUGGGGGACAAAAGGAGAGGGGAGCGUACAUAGGAGGCCCGUGGGGUGCCCCUGCUCAGAACACUGGGGAGGUGGCCAGCACUGUAUAUAGUUUGUUUCUAGGGUUUUUAUAGGAUGCAUUUUCCAGGUGUACUUUGUCUCUAAUGGAUGCAAUUGUAAGUACUGUGUACACUCGUUCGGCUAAUAAAGACAGAAGCUUUCAGUACCCAAGCCA